AUGGGAGUGGAGAAGGAAGUUUUGAGGCUUAGAACCGGUCCCAAACCUGUAGCUGGUCGGAACAUCACAAUUCACUGCACUGGUUUCGGGAAAAAUAACAAUCUCUCUCAAAAGUUUGGGAGCAGAAAGGAUCCUGGACAGAAGCCAUUCACCUUCAAAAUCGGCCAAGGUUCAGUUAUUAAAGGAUGGGAUGAAGGUGUGCUGGGAAUGCAAGUGGGAGAAGUUGCUCGUUUGCGGUGCUCUCCGGAUUAUGCUUAUGGUUCUGGUGGGUUUCCUGCUUGGGCUAUUCAACCUAACUCCGUCCUUGUUUUCGAGAUUGAAGUCCUAAGCACGGAGUGA